AUGUCUAUAAAUAGAGUCUCUCACUCUCAAGGUAUGGUCCAACCAAGGAGAGAAGAGUUGAGUAAGUCUCAGUUUGUUUCAACUUAGAUACCCUUUUGCUUUUAUUUCAAUGGCUCCAGUACCAAUUUCUUCAAUCAAUGUUGGUCACAUUCAAGAUGUUCAAGAGCUGAGAAAGUUUCAACCAAAAACGAUUCCUAAACGGUAUGUUCGUGAUGUCGCCGAAAGGCCAACACUUGCGAAUACCCCCACCUCUGUACCUAUGCAAAUACCCGUUAUCGAUCUUUCUAAGCUGGACGAAAACAACACAGAAGAGCUACCAAAACUUGCUGCCUCUUGUGAAGAAUGGGGUUUCUUUCAGGUAGUAAACCAUGGGAUUGACACAGAUUUGUUAAGGGCUAUAGAGGAAGUGGCUAUGGAGUUCUUCAUGUUACCUUUGGAGGAAAAAAAUAAGUAUCCGAUGUUGCCUGGGACUGUUCAAGGGUACGGGCACGCAUUCGUCUUCUCUGAAGAUCAGAAUCUUGAUUGGUGCAAUAUGUUGGCUCUAGGAGUUGAGCCAUUCUGGAUAAGAAACCCAAAACUCUGGCCUACAAAUCCGGCUAAAUUCAGUGAAGCUUUAGAGAAGUACUCAACAAAUGUAAGGAAACUAUGUAAGAAACUAUUGAGAUUCAUAGCCUUGACUCUCGGCUUGAACCAAGAUACAUUCAAUGACAUGUUCGGUGAAGCGGUUCAAGCUGCGAGAAUGAACUAUUACCCACCGUGCCCGAGGCCUGAUCUAGUGUUGGGUCUCAGUCCACACUCAGACGGAAGUGCUCUGACAGUGUUGCAGCAGGGCACCGGUAGUUCUGUCGGCCUUCAAGUCCUUAAGGACGAUAAAUGGGUUCCAGUCCAACCUAUAGAGAAUGCCCUUGUCAUCAACAUUGGUGACACUCUCGAAGUUCUUACCAAUGGGAAAUACAAAAGCGUCGAACACCGAGCAGUGACGAACAAAACCAAAGACCGGCUUUCAAUUGUCACAUUUUAUGCUCCAAGUUAUGAGAUCGAGCUUGGCCCAUUGCCUGAAUUUAUCGACAUGACUCGGCCUUGCAUGUAUAGAAGAUACAACCAUGGGGAGUACAGUAAACACUACGUCACCAACAAGCUAGAAGGAAAGAAAACACUAGAUUUUGCUAAGAUUCAAACCAAACAGUCAUCCUAAGAUUCUUCACCACCCGCCACUAGUGUUAUUCUCCAACUUGGAUACAAAAAUAUGUAAAAAGUGCUAAUUAUUUUUCGGUUUUCAGUUCCUCGGAUCUUGUGAAUAGAAUAAAAGGAAAACAAGUUGUUUGGUGUACUUUAAAAUUAAUGGUUGUCUCUAUGGCCUUUAGCUGUUCAUCUUUGUAUAAACAACUGAUUAAUGGAUGCUUUGUGGCCUUGUGGGUUGAUCUCAACAAA